AUGACGUGCAACGAUACGGCAGACGUCAAAUCUAGUGACGACGACAGCCUAGUGAACAAAAUGAGGGUCCUGAAGGAGAAACGGCAGCUGACCGAAAGCUACGGGUGGAGUGAUUACACUGAAAGGAGCAGAUGGGACGAUUCUUCCAACCUCGGAAGACUUACUGGAGGCUUGGAAUCUGAUUACAUUGGGGACGGCAUAAAAAAUUCGAAUUUUCCAGACCUGUCAAGUCUAAGUGGCGAUCUCGCUAAUGUUCUAAGCUCUCAGAAAAUUAUAGAGGGACGAAAAAGCGACCGUCUACGCGAAUUCUUCAAAAAACUCAUCCAAACCGACACUCAGAUUCGAAAACUAAAACAGGACAUGAGUAACAAUUAUCUGACAGAUACGAAAGCUAUAACGGAUCGGAUUAAAAGAUCGGCAUCGAAACGUCAACGUAAACACAACAAGGACGGUGUACAUAAAAAUCUCGAUAAAGACACAGCGAACGAUGUUACUAGAACUGAGUCUACUAAAAUAGAAAGUAACACAUAUUUAAAAAUAAAUAACACAGGCGUGACGAGAGUGUGGAUUAAAGAUGAACAGAUUAUUAUAAAUUACGUACCGGAAAGAAGAAGGAACUUCCCGAAGUGUUCUCAUUCGCACGAGACAAAAUAUCAUGAAAGGAAACUCAAGCAUCCGUUCUACAAAAACAGUCAAAGAAUUGAUGAAAUGCUUUAUGAGAAAAAAGCAACUAAAAACAUUAAAGCUAUUGAACAAAAUACAAAAGAUGAUACGAAUUUAAAUAAAGUUAAAAACGUUAAUCGUAAAGGAAAGAAAUUGGCAGAUAAAGAUAGUAUCUACGAUAGUAUCGAAGAUAUAGUUUUUGAUGAACAAGAUAAGAGGAUCGGUUACAGUCCGAAUGAAACUGAUUUUAAUACGAAUUUAUUUAUGUCUACACCUCCUGCGUACCAUGUCACAUUGAGUGUUUCGACGCUUAUGAGCCCAAUUUCGGUGACGGAAAUGCCUCAACGAAAAUAUACGCCGGCUGAACGUCCGGGACAUCGCAGGCUCAUGCAAGUAGACGACGAAGAAGAUAAAGAAGAUCUUGUCUAUGAAGAUUUAAAAGAAGUACUCGAAGAUGAAGGUCAAAGCCAGGAUGACAUAGACAAACAAGUAGAGAGAAAUAAAAGAGAUGAUAAAUAUGACCCGGAGCCUUUAACGAAUCCAAGUAGAUAUUCAGCGCAAAACACCCACAAUAUUAACUGGAAAGGACCGAUGCCGCUUUACCCCGAUGAAAUAAACGCAGCAAUAAAACAAAUGACGUUACAAAAUAUGAAUCAAUUUCCAUCAGACGCCAAAGAUGUGAAGCCGGAAAAAGAAAGGGCUGGAAAAGACGUGAGCGACACAGAAUAUAUAGAAAAUUAUGCAGACAAUAAAUACAAUAAAAUGCUUAAAAUGGCUCAAGCGUAUAGUGAUUAUGGUGUAUUAUACGGUAAGAAGGAUAGAUCUGAAACUAUGAAGGAUAAUGAUGAGAAUGAUCAAUAUAACAAAAUUAAACCGUAUAUUAAUAAAGAGUCCUUAUUGGAUAGAUUCUUCAGAAGAUCGAAAAAAGGUUCAUAUGAAGGAUUUUCAUUUCAACGUAAACAAGGAGAAACUAACGACAAAGAAGAAUUCAUGAAAUCCCUCACGAAACACAUCAAAUUUGUUAAAAAUCCUCGUAAAAACGAUAAUUGUAAAAAACUUAACGAAAUAUCUAAGGAGACACAUUACUAUGUAACCCCUGAUAAUGAAAUACAAACAGACAAUGUUAUUUUCACUUGGAAAAAAGGUUCACGCUCACUAAAAUCUAUAGAGGUUCCAGAUAAUGUUAAUGAAACAGAUGAAGUAAUUAAUCCACUGAUUGAUGGUAAUAACAGUGGUUCUAAUGAUAACAAGAUUGCAUUCUCGACUGAUGGUGAUUUAAAUUAUCCAUCUUAUGAUUCUGAAAUGGUUGAUAAUAUUGGACACAGGUCAAGGGUAUUGAUGUCUAUUGAAGAUAAAAGAAAAGUCAAUCAAAUGCCUGUAAAGAGUGAUCUGGCUCAUACGUCUACAGAAACAGACAGCAUUAUACCUGUAGCUCUUGUUUUAGUGAAAAACGAUAAAGAAAACAUUACAAAACAUAAAGAUACACAUGUCAAUAUACAGCCUAAAAAAGAAAAUAAAACUAUCGUCAAGAGAAACGCUAACCAUCGCCAGUCAGUAUUCUGGAAUGAUCUAUACGAUGAUGAAUACGGAGUUAAAAUCGACUAUACAGAAAAUAUCAGGGACAAGCAUUCAGCGAAAAAAGGACAAAACGUCGUUAAGCAAUCAAGAGAUUGGUUUCAGAAUAGAUUUAAAAAUUUUACAAAUAGAUUUAAAGGCAAAUUUUUAAAUAAAUCUCCAAUUUUAUCCAAGAAUAUAACCGCUAGCCCGAGCACUUCUGUUAAUGCUCCUAAACGACCAGUCAGACAAACGAAUAAUAAUGCUGACGCCGAUAUAAAAAAGAGUUUCGCUGAUUUAACAGAGAAUAUGAAAAAGGUGUGCCAAGAAGCUGUAAGGGCAGUGCAGGAUACAAAGAAUAUUGAAGUUCGAGAGGAGAAAAAAGAAGACGGUGCAGCUACAAGCCUCAUGCAACAACUUGUACGACUCAUGACCGACCUCGUCGACAUCCAGGUGCAGCAGAAGAAUUGUGCUAAACUGCCGUCUGAUCUUUACAAAUUCCUGGAAUGGCUGACGAUACCACAAGAUACUAAAGUUGACGUCAAUGAAGUUUUUCCCGGACAAAGUUACACCAUUGAUGACAGUGUGAAUAGAUACGAGAAAUCCACAUAUCCGUCUUACGAUGUUACGUUGACGGAAGACACGCACCAGGAAGACCGAACUGAAUGUUUGGGAACAAUCCGUGCUGUUCAGGACCUGAUACAGCAAUACGAAGGGAUGAGCGAUGAGGAUAAGAGCAAAAUGACCGGUGUGAAGGAAUAUCUCGAGAACCAGCUGAAGUUUUUAAACAGAAAACUAAAUGGUUUCGCGGAGACGAAUUUAUACAGUUUAUAUGAUAAGAGAUAUGUCUCGCGUAUCAGAAGAGAUUUAUUGAGUAAAAACAAGGAAGAUAAUAAUAAAGAAAAGAUGUUCGGUCUUUAA